CCUUCGUACAAGUGGGAUCUCUUUCUGAGGCUUCCCCUCUCCCUCCGUGUCCUUGUCCCUCUGCUCUUCCUUUUUCUGACUCCCUCGCGUUCCCCUGGCAUCGUGCUGCGCUAGCUUUCUUUCCCUUGUUUUCUUCUUGUGUUGCGACGAAGAAUCUAGCCGGAAUUUGAAGCGCCCGGCGGGAAAGGGAGAGAGGGAAUGGAGAAGGCUUAUCUGAGCAAGUUUGUGGCGGAGACCGAUUGGUACAACGACAUUGUGCUGGGGACGCUCCUUCCAGGAGACGCGUGGAGGGGUCUCCCUCAUGUCGCUCAGGGGUGGCUCCGGAACUACAUUGCCGGUGUUCUCCUGUAUUUGAUCUCCGGCGGUCUUUGGAGCAUCUACAUCUACUACUUGAAGCGCCACGUCUACUUCCCCGAUGGUUCAAUGCCCACACAAGAAUCCGUUUUAAAGCAAAUAUGGGUCACUAUGAAGGCUAUGCCGUUGUACACUGCCUUACCCACGUUUUCGGAGUACCUGAUUGAACAUGGCUGGACUAAGUGCUUUUCAGGAAUAGAUGAAAUUGGUUGGCCUAUGUACAUUUUCUACUUGACUAUUUAUCUGGUUUUUGUGGAGUUCGGCAUUUACUGGAUGCACAGGGAACUGCAUGACAUAAAGCCUCUGUACAAGUAUUUACAUGCAACUCAUCACAUCUACAACAAGCAGAACACACUUUCCCCAUUUGCAGGAUUGGCAUUCCAUCCUAUAGAUGGCAUACUGCAGGCGAUCCCCCAUGUUUUUGCCCUCUUCCUUGUGCCAACGCAUUUCUUUACGCACGUGCUUCUCCUCUUCUGUGAGGCAGUGUGGACGGCUAACAUUCAUGACUGUAUUCAUGGGAAAGUGUGGCCUGUCAUGGGUGCUGGAUAUCAUACGAUUCAUCACACCACAUACAGACAUAACUACGGUCACUACACCAUCUUCAUGGAUAGGCUGUUCGGUACGCUCUAUGAACCUGAACUGGAUGAGAAAAAAGCCUCCUGAGCACUUGAGCGUCGUUCAUCAUCUCUCUCUCUCUCUCUCUCUUUCUUUCUCUGUUGCUGUUUUUGUGUGCUAAUGUAAUAUGUGCGCUUUUUGGCUGGUGACUGCUGCUGAGUACCAAUCAUUUUGGUGGAGAUAAUCAUAGUGUGUUCUUGUUA